AUGUCCUCGGUGGACGCCGCAGCCGAGCCCGAGGUCGAGGUCAAGGAUGCCGCCCCCACCCUGUCAACUGGCACCAAGCGCCAGGCGGACGCGAGCCACCCCGCGAACGAGAAGCAGGCGACCAAGCGCCCGAGGUCGGGCAACGACAACGGUCUCACGCAGGAUCGACCUGCCAACUCCUCGGCCUUUAGCCCUGCCGCUCGUGCCGCCGAGGCUGCCAUUGCCCGUCAACAACUCAGCGCGCAAUUGCCAGCCAACGCUGUCGCUGGCCCCAACCCCUCCACAAUCGCCGCCCAGCGCUCUCCAGACGCUGCUGCCCGCCCAGGCCCAUCCACACUCGCCGCGCAGUACUUUGCGGAGCCUCUCCGCAUGGUGCCUGACUCGGACGAUGAGGACGAUGAGGAGGACGACGACGACAUUAUCUACUUGGGUCUCUAG